UUGCUACAGUGGGAAACCUGUUGUUACGUGUGACACAGGGUUUGUUUACAGUUGUCACCAUCUGUGUGGCACAUGUCGGCUGCUGCUGCUUCUGGACACGUGAUCACCUACAACAACAUCUAAUAGUCAGCCACCAGGUGGCGUGCUGUAGCCAGGUCUGUUUGACAUCCGCAUUCACAAUGAUUACUCCUGCGUUUGACCUGAGCCAAGACCCUGAGUACUUGAUCCUCAGCAUCCGUGUGCCCUACACUAGAACAUCGGAGUUUGACCUUUACAUCGACGGAUCAGACUUCAAGUUCUAUGCCAAGCCUUACUUUCUAAGAUUAACACUUCCUGGAAGAAUUGUGGAGGAUGGGAGAGAAAAGGCCAAGUUUGACAUUGAUAAAGGUCUUGUCACUCUUCGGGUCCCGAAGGAAACAUCCGGGGAGAACUUUGAAGGACUUCAGAUGCUGACGAGUCUCCUCGCACCAAAGGGCUCCCGUUCAGCAAAACCGUUGGUGGAGGAUUUAAGCUUAGGAUGCAGUGAAAGUGUCGGAGAUGUUGAGGAGGAGGAGGAUGAUGAAGAGGAAGAAUUUGACUGGCAGGUUGAGCAGGAGGCGUACACAGAGAGCUCUGAGGAGGAACUGAGAGCCCAGCAGAAAUAUGGCUUUGCCAACCAGAGGUCUGGAGUGUUUGCCAGAUUACAGGAGGAACUCAGCGAUUUGAUCGAUAUCAAGAACCCAGAGGGAACAACCGCAGCAGAGAGGAGGCAGGCGAGGCUGGAGGCAGAAGCAUCUGCCUUUUCACCUGACCACUACCUUGCUGAUUUAUUUGAGGACGAUGAAAUAAAGGGCCUGCUGAAGUUCAAACCAUGGUGGACAAAGCUGAGUCCUUCUACAGUGCAGGAUGGAGAAGCUGCUGUAUCAUUCACUGAUGACGAGAAGGAGCAGCUGAGAAAGUUCACAAACCGCUCGUUCCUGCUGGACAAGACAUCCCGUCACCAAGCGUGGCUCGGCCUCGCCGACGUCCUGCUGGCUUAUUGCUAUGACGUGCGCUGUACAGAGGGAGAGCACAAUGUGGAGUCACCGUGGACAAUCAGAAAACUCAGCGGAACUCUCUGCUGGCUGGAGACAUACGGUUCCUUCCAAGAGGUCCUGGUGUCGUUUGGACGGAGGGCUUUGAGCUACCCACUCCACAGACACUUUGCAUUGGUCUCUGCAGCACUGCGUGACAUAACUAAGAUUUUUCAGUCAGGGAGAGCUGGUGUCCUCAAAUGCCUGCUGGAUAUUCACAAAGUCUUCAGAGAGAACGAGCCGGCCUACAUACUGAACGAUCUGUACAUCACAGACUACUGCAUCUGGAUCCAGAGGGUCAAGUCGAAGAAGGUGACUGCCUUUGCUGCAAUGUUACAAAAAGCCUCUCUGGGGAAAAAAGAUUUGGAGCUGGAGCUGGAGGAGCUGGAGGAGGCAGCAACAAUGGUGGCAGAGGAAGAAAAAGAAGAAGCCGAAGAGUUGGGAGCUCCCAAGGGCGCUUCGACAUCCCGCUUUGACAGCAGCAGCGCUUCCAGUGACAGCAGCUGCAGCAGCAGUGGCUCGUCUGAUGAGAGCGAGGAAUCUGAGGCGGAAGGGCAGGGAUGCACCGACUCCAGCAGGAGGGGAGGAGGAGGAGGAGGAGGAGGAGAGACGUCUAAGGACAACCCUCCCCUUCCCCAAUCCACCUCCACUGCCUCUCCCAUCCCCCAGGAGCCGAUAAGCACACUCCUCUCGGUGGAGAGAAAAGUGAACGCCCUCCCCGCAGCUUCAGAAGGCACCAGACAGCUGAUCGAGGAGCUGGGGCAGCGGGUGGCAGAGGAGCUGAACGUCUCUCAGGGCUCCAGCUGCAAAGCGGAGAGGAGCCGUUCACAGCUGAGCAGCACUGAAGCAAAGACUGAAGCAGCAUCUGUGAGGAGCAGCGGUGGGACUUUGCUUGAACUGAGUCCUCGCAGAAACCCUCUGCUCAUUGUCCAACCAGAGGACCAUCCUGAUGACAGCGACUUCCUCAGCUAAGAGGAACUGAUGUGGAACUUGAAAGACUCUUAUUAAACUUGAGCUGUUAAAUCCAUUCAAGUGUAAGAAAAUCUGUUGGACCAUUUUUCUUCUAAUAUUUUUCUUUCUUCUUCUGGAAUUUUUUCAAACUUCUGCUUUGUGCAGCUGGGAUUUUGUUCCUUAACCUUUUUCUAAAGGACUUUAUUUUCCAUCUUGAAUUACAUGUUCUUAAAAGAUGAACUCUAAGCCUCAUUAAAUUCCUUAUUACCUAUUUAUAUGGUUGCUGAACAGGCAUGUGUAGGUUUUAUUUCCCCUUAUUUCAUUGUGGGACACCCCGCCUCUUUCUUCUGUGUCUUGUCUGGUCUUAUCUUUUUUAGUUCUGGCUCCUAUCUCACUCUCACGCUCUUUAUCUCUCUGUCUUUAUCUCUCUGUCUUUAUCUCUCUCUCUCAUUCUCUCUCUCUCUCUCUCUCUCUCAUUUUCUCUCUAUAUACGCCUGCUUGCUUUACGACUAUAAUCUCUCAGCUAUGUUUGAUUUGGUAUGAAUUAAUAGAACUCCUUUUUUGAUUAUUCAAUGUAAUUCAACAGCAUCUGCCAACAUCUGACAAGAGUGUCAAACUUCUAGUAUUUUCCCGUGCUCAUAUUAACAUAUUUAGCCUGUUUAUUCAUGUUUGGCUCUCAUAAACGCAACAGGAAUGUCAUUCCAGGAAGCUGACAAACAUUUGUCAUUGCUUGUCCCUGUAUAUCACUCAGCAGAGAUGCCUGGCAGAGCUAUGUUGAGGGAGCUAUGCUUUUCCUAAUAAAUUGUAGGAAAAGCGCUAACCCCUUUUCUAAAGAUUGAAGUGGAAAAGACUCUUUCGGCACUAAACAGGGCCGUGGAGCACGCGGGAGUGAUUGAUUCGUCUGGCAUGAAUGGAGGAGCGCAGUCAACGCAGCUCAAUAUCAGGCGUGUCUAGCAGGCGAGAGAAAACAAACAAGGAAGCACAUGUCAGCCAGAUAGAUGAGGGCUGCGAGCGAGUCUGCGGCACGGCAGCCGUUUGUGUGAGAGAUAAGUGCACCAUGGGGCCCGAGGCGGCGGAGAGAUAGAGGAGCACAAGUGCAGCAGAGGGAAGAAAACAGACACUCAGGCCAGCUCAGUCGUGUCCGUGGAGUGUCAGCAGCACCUCAGGGCAAAGAGGGGAAUUUGAACUUCUCCUGAGUCAAUGUGUGAUGAUUACCAUAAGUGAAUGGUAGAGAAGAAAUACAGAAACGACCCAAAUUAGCAGAGUUCCUCAGGUUGUGUGAUCCUCCGGGUCAUAACUAGUUGAGGGAAUGACUGAUCAAGCACAGCCACAGUUUUGCCUCAGGCUCUUCCAUCCGCCGCUGGAUGAAAGCAGCCAAGGAGACGCAUGGAUGAUGGCUCCUUAGAUGGGCAGUGUCGGCAGUAUUGUGUUACAGAGAUGGAUGGUGUUGUUGGGCACCUCCCAAAAAGAGACAUCCUUCUUUUGGGAGUGAGCGUUACCAUCGCAGUGACGGAGAUGAGUUACGCCGUGAGACUCAGCCCAUUUAACCCCCCCUCACUCCGGGGACACGUGUGUGGGGACUGUGCAUCCCCCGGCAGGCGGUUGUUGUUCCCUCUUCCCACUGCAGGUCUCGCAUUGAUUAAGUGACACUGGGCUCCGUUGCCGUUUUUCAUCUUAAAGUGGCCUCCAUAUUCCGCCAUUAGCACAACCGUCUUGGAGUCAGACCGAAGGCUCAGCACUUCUCCUGAGUCCUCUGCAAUUAAUGCUCCUCGCCAACUGACAGUUUUCAUGCUACUGGGCCAAAUUUUAAUGAACGUAGUUGAUGAAUUAUACAAGACAGUAAUUAAUGGGUUUCUGCUAUAUUUUGACUUGGAUUUGAUAAAUCAGCCCCUUAUCUAUGUAGAGGGUGAGCCCUAUGACCCCCAAGGGCCUAAGAAACAGGAGUAAUGUGAUCCGGUGUUCGUGUAUGCCCAUUAGCAACAGCACGUGCAAUAAUGGAGGUAGGCUCUACCACGCCUCAUUAUAGAUUGGCUUUUCACCAACCCAUCUGCAGUGUUUCCCAUUUAAUACCUGGAAAGCAGCAGAGCGUCAUAAUGAACCAAUGGUCUGUUGAUGUCUAAUGAUAAUGUCAUCACUGGACCGACCAGUGGGAGGACCUUACUGGGAAAGACACCUCCACAUGGCUGGGCCGUCAAAAGAGCCAUAAUUGGAAAUCAUUUUCCGACCUAAUAGUUCAACAUUUUGCUCUGUAUUUGCUUCUUGUCAAAGGUUAGAUGAGAAGAUGGAGAACACCCUCAGUACAAAGCUACAGCCAGUAGCAAGUGCAAAAAAGGGGAAAUGAACAGUUUGAUUGCUGCCAAACAUAAAACCUCAAAAACUCAUUUGACUCCCUGCACCCGGCUGAGAAUAUAUAAUGUUUUAAGUGAUGAGCUUUUGCGGUUGUGGAAAAUAGAUUUGUUUUUAACUGUUGAACAGAGCCAGGCUAACUGUUCCCCCAGCUUCCAGGCUUCAUAUUCAAUGGACAGAUCAGAGUGGUAUUGAUCUUUCCACCUAACUCUCAGAAAGACAGAGGGUACUGAAGCUCUUUUCAGACAUUAACUCUGGAAAAAUGGGUCAAGACAUUUUGAAGAACGCAGCAGGACCUCGCAUCCGUCGACACUCUCCUGCUCACAUGGGUUCACUCAUGGACAUUAUCCGGACGGGCUGGCAGGAAAAGUUCUCGAAAAAUGUCUGAAGUAACUGCCUCAGGCAUUCGGGUUAUCACUUACAGACCUUCUGAACAUUUUCAGGAAAAAUGUCCAGACUUCAGUGCAUGUCUGGAUGCAGUUUAUCUUCCUUUCAAUCAGGAGCCAUUGACAUGUUGCCCACUUUAUUCCCAACAUAUGGACGUUAACAUACGAAACUGUAAAAACCAAAGUUAGAGUUCAGUUUUUGCCUUGUUUCUAGUGCAGUGCUCGUUCUUAAGGAGAGCUACUUCAGAAUAAUUUCUUCUUAGUGAUUCCUUGUUGUUCUGCCUUGUCCAGCCGCUCAACCUGUCUCCUCCACUUCCUCUCAACAAUAUCCAGCUUGUUCAGAUGGGCGAGGUAGGAUUUAGUUGAAGGUUGUCUUUUCUUGGUUUCUCUCUUUAGCAAUUCCUCCUCAUGUCGGACCUCCAUCUCAAGUUUUAUAUGUUCCCUUUUCAGAUUGUGAACUUGCUCCUUUGGAGCCACUUUUUCUUUUUUGAUGGCCUUCACCUGAAUCAACUUUUUACUUGAUUCUUUUGUUUGGAGAAACCCUGACUCUCUUCUCUGUCUGUAGGUACAUCUGUAACAGAGAAGACAUAUUUAUAAAACCAGACAGAUGAAACUACAUGUUUGUUGAGCAGGUGUAUUUAUUGAAAAAACUAUAACAACUUGAGGCCAACAUUUUUGAAUGAGCCCUUCUUUUUAUUUAGUCUUCAAACUGUUAUGCUUCAGCUCCAUACACCACUCACAAGUCAGAUUAAACCACAGACAAAGUAACACAAAAAGCAUUAAGAGCAAAAAGAACAAACGGAUAAAGAAAAUGUAAUUGUCAGUUUGAGACAAACUUCAGCAAGAGGAUGAUCUACACAUCCUGUUCCAUUAUAUAUCUUUUCAGAGUUCCAUUCAGUUUUUGUUGAUAUAAUGUCGAACAUGUUUUCUGUGACUUUAUACAGUUAUUCUAUAAACUGAAAAAUUUCACGGUGAUAUUUUCUGUUGGUUCUCACUAAUUGUUUUUUAAAUAAGUUUUCUCAUCUGAAACCACUUUUGGAAACUUUUUUAUUAAUAUAGCAGUUUCGACCUCGACCAGAUCUUUGAAUUAUUGGGCUCUUAAUUUGAUGAAGAGUUGGUUCUUUGUUUCUCUAUAAGAGCUUUUUUUCAUUUAUAAUUCAUAAUUAUCUAAUUUGAAAGAAAUCAUUUUGUGUUUGUUUUUUAAGUAUUUCCUCAGAAGUCCACAAAGUAGGUUAUAUAUGGAUAAGAAUAAAGAGUGGUACAAGUUGUAAAAUGAUGCUCAUCUUCUUUUAUGAAGUGAAAAUGAUGUAAUGAGCUCCCUGCAGUCAUUUUGAAUAUUCAAUGUGUUAUUCCGCAUCAAUUUUAUCCAGGUUUAGAUCAUGUCCUUUUCUCUUUAUAUUCAGCUCGAUAUAAAGCAUUGUAGCAAGGAAAUGAACAUUGUGCGCUCACUUUGAAGGCAAACUGCCAAACAAGAGGUGAUGCUAUGAAUGUUGUUGCCAUCACAGAGAUCAGCACCAGCUGCACCCAUGACUGGUCAAGUCAGUGUCACUAUCAGUUCAAUGUGUUGAAAUAAAAACAAAACUAUCAAAAUUA